CAACAAGAUGCGUUUUGCCGCGACCUUCACGUCCUUGCUCUCGCUUAUGGGAGUAAUCUCUGCAUCGCCAUUCACCAAACGCCAGUCCACAGUUACCCAAGUCUACAAGUUCACUGGUUCCCCACUCAAAGCCGAGGGAAUUGCCGUCCGCUCCAACGGUCAAAUCCUCGUGACCUUCUUCGACAAGGGCGAAGCUUGGCUUGUUGACCCGCCUACGAAGAAAGCCAGCAAAGUUGCGACGUUCACCGACACAACAUGUUCUGCGGCUAUCGCCGAAGUCGCUCCCGACGUGUUUGCUGUCGUUGCUGGGAAGUACAGUAAUAGCAAUACGCCAGGGAGCUGGGGCGUGUGGAAAGUCGACUUCAGUGCAGGUGGGGCAACGCCCACGACUACACUAGUCAAGAAGGUUCCAGAGAGCGGUAUGUGGAAUGGACUUUCGGCUUUUAAUAACGAUACGGUGCUUGUGGGAGACGCGAGUAAGGGUGCGGUGUUCAAAGUGAACGUCAACACGGGCAAUUACAGCAUUGCUAUCCAGGACAGCACUAUGGCACCCGCGAGCGGCAUGCCUAUGGGGAUUGAUGGCAUCCGAUACGCGAAUGGCAACAUUUAUUACACCAAUAUCUUCGCCCAAAAGUUCUACAAGAUGCCCGUUGAUGCGGAAGGCAAGAAGACCGGGAGCGCAGUUCAGAUCUGGGGCAACCAUAUGGCAGACGAUAUGUACGUGUCACCUGAGGGUGUUGCUUAUGUUGCAGCUUCGAGCGGCAUCCAGAAGGUCACUGCCGACGGCAAAGUGAGUACUGUGGCAUCCGUCCGAAGCGGAACGGCCGUUACCAUCGGAGCGGACAAAGCCACGUUAUUUGUGGCGGGAAGUGAUGGGGUGAUCUCUUCAUUCAAGAUUUGAUAGAGAUCUAUAUGUACCAGAGGAUGGUGCACAGUGAUGGAAUGAACUGUAGACGGUGGACAUUCAAUAAAAGGUUCAUCGGAGAUAAUGUCGCUGCUUGCUUUGCAUCGUUUCCAGUCUGCGUCGGAGCUAGGUCGUACCUAUCUGUCGGUACAGAUUAGAGUCGCUUGAACAGCCCAAAGCCGAAGACCCAGCCGCUGUAGGAAACACGGUUAGCGUCGGCGAUUGCGACGACGCAUACGCAGUCGAUAAAACGCCUCUCGCUAC